AUGCGUCAUACUGUUGGACCUAUGCGUGCAUCAAAACUUUUUCUUAAUGAUUUAAAAAAUCAAAAUUUACUCGACAAGGGUCAUGGUACACCUGAUGCGGUAUUAAUGGGAAUGGAAGGUGAAACACCCGAAGAUAUUGAUACAACAUCAAUAUCAUCAAGAAUUAAUGAAAUCCAUGAAAAAAAUAAAGUUAAAGAAAUACAUUUUAAUCCUAAAAAACAUUUAAUCUUCCAUUAUGAUAAAUCGUUACCUAAACACCCAAAUGGUUUAAGAUUUAGUGCUUUUAACAACAAAGGUGAUUAUUUAGCAAAUAGUGAAUUUUAUUCAAUUGGAGGCGGAUUUGUUAUCAAAGAAAUUACCACCUCUAUAAAAGAAGAAAGUACAAACCUUUAUUAUAAAGCUAACGCUGAAGAAUUAUUGGAAGUUUGUAAUCGUGAAAAUUUAUCAAUAUCACAAGUUGUUUAUAAAAAUGAAUUGCAAUGGCACCAAAGCCACAACCACGAUGAUAUUAGUGGCGAAAAUGAAAUUAAUAAAAAAAUAACAAAGAUUUGGGAAACGAUGGAUCAAAGUAUCAUAGCAGGUUGUCUAAGUACCGAAGAAUAUUUACCUGGCAGUAUAAAAGUUAAAAGAAGAGCUCCAGGAUUAUAUAAACAAUUAAUGAUUUAUGAUGAUAUUAGUAGUAAAACUUUAGAUUUUUUAUCAGUUUAUGCUAUAGCUGUUAAUGAAGAAAAUGCUGCAGGUGGUCGUGUUGUAACGGCUCCUACUAAUGGAGCAGCAGGUAUAAUACCUGCCGUAUUGAAAUUUUAUUUAAAAUUCAUUUCAAAAAACCCUAGAAAAGAACAAAAAUAUAUUAUGGAAUAUUUGUUUACUUGUGCAGCUAUUGGAAUGCUUUAUAAAAAAGGUGCUAGUAUUAGCGCUGCCGAAAUGGGUUGUCAAGGAGAAGUUGGUGUUGCUUGUAGUAUGAGUGCAGCAGGAUUCGCUGCAUUAAUGGGAGCAACACCAGAACAAGUAGAGAAUGCAGCGGAAAUAGGCAUGGAACAUAAUUUGGGACUUACAUGUGAUCCAGUAAACGGACUGGUACAAAUACCUUGUAUAGAAAGAAAUGCACUUGGGGCUGUAAAAGCUGUUACAGCAGCACAAUUAGCAUUAAAAGGAGAUGGAAAUCAUCGAGUCACAUUGGAUCAAGUUAUUGAGACUAUGAGACAAACUGGUCAUGAUAUGCAAACUAAAUAUAAAGAAACUAGUUUAGGUGGAUUGGCUGUUAAUGUUCCAAUUUGUUAA